UUAGUUCUGAAGGCGAUAAGCUUUCAAAACUACUCAGGGGUGGGCUUAAUGAUCUAAAAGAGUCUAGUCGAAGUGCACAUCUAUCCGGCGGCUCUCAGAAGCUCGAGUCUAAUACAUCUGGAUCUAUAGACUGGGAGAAAAGCUAGGGAAAAAGAAAACCCCGUCGGAAACAUGAUGUAUCAGAAGUGUCAAACUCCGGGUUUCCUCAUCGUAUGCGUCAGGUCGAUCCUUCUCCGGUUGACAAUAACCACAAUGAGGACAGCAGCAGUGGUAGCAGUGGUAGCAAGGAUGUUUCUGGUGAGAAGCCAUGUUUAUACCUUUCACGGCCUAAUGCUCAGCUCUACGUUAUUCAAAGACAUGCUCAUAACUCAUGCCCUGAGUUUUGUCGACAAUUGGAUGAUUUUCAGGCACCGCCAUCAAGGCUAGAGGGUCAAGACUCCCAAGCGCGGGUUAAUAACUUCCGUCCCAAUGUUGACAAAAGUCGAUAUCGGCGUCAUUUACGUGUCCGUAAUAUUGUCACAAAUCAAUUCCGGUCUCUUGGACAGAGGAUUAGGCGCUCAGGCUCUUCAACAUUUUCUAUUCGAUCUGAGUUUCCUGCUCCACGGCAUAGUAAAGAACGCCGGCUCUUGGCUCGAGACCCCGUGGGUACCUGGCCGCCAUCUGGCGAGGAAAGUCCAUUGUUUAAUACUCCCGAGUCUAAUGCUACUAACACCAAACGCAUUUCUCAAGAUAUUGGGCGUUACAUCGACCCAUUGGCUAUAGCUAGUGUGAUGAUUGCCACGGCGGAACUCGACCGGCUCUCGUCGAGGACGAGUCUUGACUUAGUCUCUAGAACGUCUGGCUCAUCAACUGGCGUAUCGGGGAAUUCUCCUACUUCACAUACACUGUUCUAUAGUGGUGCCGCGAGUCCCAAUGAGAUAUCUGCAUCAAACCCUACAGCUCUUGAUAUGCCUCCAACUAUUCCAUUCAAUACGCCCUUGUCGUCGGGUCCACAAUCUGGCGUUAUAAGCCCAGUGUCUAAAUCGUCACAGCGGCGCGGAAAGCGACGAAGGGCACAGCACAGUCGUUUAUCGGAAGUUACAACACCAGAUAAUAUUGUGUCACCGGCGGAGUCUACCGAAGAAUACAACGAAGGUCUUCCAAUUUCAGUUACUCAUAUUGAAACUCUACUAGAAUGUUCAAGUGUUCCUAGUAAGGGAACAGAGGAAAGUCUCUAUCCUAAGCCGUUAUUCACCAGCCACAGCGGUCAAGAAGAGACUGAUUCACGCAUUGAUGAUACUUCAAAAUAUGCGCAAGAAUAUUUCCCCAGGUUCGAACCUCUUGAGCCUGUCCUUCCCACAGCUGCCUCGGGGAAUAAACUCAGUACCUUGCAGCGACUCUCGAGUUCUUUGGUUUCAGAUGUAGAAGACGUGAUUCCGGCUCGCGUCUCAUCAAUUGGUGAAGUGUCUAAGACUGGUGGCAAACCAUUACUAUCAAAUAUGCCCCUUGGGCUUGGAUAUACUUUUCCAAUGCCGACUACAGCCUCCAACCUAACAAUACCAAUAACGUCAAGAGAAACAUAUAAUAUCGACUCAACCUCUAUCGCCAAUAUAGAAGGAGAUAUCUCGGUUGUAGGGGCGGUAAUUGACUAUACGUUGGAGACAGGUCAGCUAGAUAAAGUAGCGGAACCCGAUUCCUGCCACCCAGAUACCUAGUCGGAGUCUCAAGGCGAACCUGGAAAUUCGGAUCCAUUUUGUCCUGUUGAUUGCCUUGAAACUAGGCGGAGCAGCCAAGAUAGUCUUCCGCGACCGCUGACGCUAGCGAGAUAGAACACGGAUGAGACUGUACACAAACUGAAGACAAACGAAGAUGCGGCAUCUACUGGAGAAAGUAGCUUAUAGGAUACGGAAUAGUGCUAGGAUAAGGUAAGAAACUUGCGGGGAUGGAGAGAAGGGCAAUAAUUAGAGGCUGGUUUAGAUUGAUGGUAGGGCUUGACUUUGCGGUUGCGGAUACAUAGACCUAGACACUAUAUCACCUUAAAUAGGGUAGAAUAAUAUGUUAUGUUGAACUUUGUGUACCUACCUAGGUACCUAAGUGAAUAGCCGUUCUAAUGAAAGUUUUCAUAGAAUGUCGGAUCUUACACUAUCUUAUAUGGAACUAAGUCUCUAAGUUAGUCGUUUGCUCAGGGAUUUGAUUCUACCUAGUCGAUAUCGUUCAUAGGCUUUAUUGCUCACACAUACAUUUAGGGUAAAGAAGGGG